AUGCAAUCAUGCAGGAUGGUGCGGAUCGCCAGCGCGCUGGGGCUCGUCAUGUUCAGCGUGGCGCUGCUCAUCCUGUCGCUCAUCAGCUACGUGUCCAUCAAGAAGGAUUUUCUGCUCAGCACCCCCAGAUACGGACCUAAUGGAGGACCCAGGAUGUCCAUGUUCCACGCUGGGUUUCGCUCUCAGCUGGCGUUGAAGUAUCUGGAUCCAGCUUUCACUCCUCUGACCAACGCGCUCAGCGAGGACAUGCAGAACUCCUCUAAAUGGACCUACAACAGCUCUGCUUUUCUACAGCUGAAAAAGGAGAUCUCCCAAUACAUCGACAUCCCCCACAACUUCACACUGAUAAGAGACUCAGUCCGAAUCGGACAGCUGAUGCACUACGACUACUCCAGCCACAAGUACGUCUUCUCCAUCGGCGAGAACUUCCACUCGCUCCUCCCUGCCGUCUCGCCAAUCCUCAACAAGCACUACAAUGUUUGUGCCGUGGUCGGCAACAGCGGCAUCCUUACUGGCUCGCGCUGUGGAGCCCAGAUCGAGAAGUUUGACUUUGUCUUCCGCUGCAACUUUGCGCCGACCGAGAUCUUUAAGAAGGACGUUGGGCGGCGGACAAACAUGACGACCUUUAACCCCAGUAUCCUGGAGAAAUACUACAACAAUUUACUUACUGUGCAGGACAGGAACAACUUCUUCCUAAGCCUAAAGAAGCUUGACGGUGCCAUCCUGUGGAUCCCGGCGUUUUUCUUUCACACGUCAGCCACAGUGACAAGGACGCUGGUGGACUUCUUCGUGGAACAUCGAGGUCAGCUGAAAGUCCAGCUGGCCUGGCCGGGAAACAUCAUGCAGUAUGUCAACAGCUACUGGAAAACCAAGCAGCUGUCGCCGAAACGCCUGAGUACCGGCAUCCUGAUGUACACGCUGGCGUCCUCCAUGUGUGACCAGAUCCACCUGUACGGCUUCUGGCCCUUCGGCUGGGACCCCAACACAGGAAAGGAGCUGCCGUACCACUACUACGACAAAAAGGGCACCAAAUUCACCACCAAAUGGCAGGAGUCCCAUCAGCUGCCCGCUGAAUUCAAACUCCUCUACAAGAUGCAUACGGAGGGACUGCUGAAGCUCUCCCUCUCCCACUGUGCUUAG